AUUUAUAUAAACAGAACUUAUCUAGUGCAAAGGAGUGAAACUGUAUUAUGAACUAUUAAAUAAUAUAAGAAAACCAUUUCAUUCUGCAAAAGUUUUUUGUGAGUAAUCCGAAUCACCAGUAUGCAGCAAGGUGAAGCAAUGAAAUGGCACAUGCCGGGAUGGCGAAUUGAGCAGCGGUUUUCGAACAAUACACUUAUAGGAAAUUGGUGUGAAGAAAGAAAACAGUUUCAACGAGGAACACAUUCAAAUACAAGCACACAUUUAACUGAUUUUCGUUUGUAUAAAAAUCACAAGCCUGAUGUCACAAUUCGACGUUCUGCAUUAAUGAGAAAUGAAGGACUCCGCAAAGAAAAUCUUUUCACUCAUCAUGGGAAAACAUACAGCAACAACUUAAUAUCAUGGUAUGAUGAACAAUUUAAUAAGAGAAUGAGGGAUGAAAAUGACAGGCUACCAGAUGUACGUAAAUGGGAUGGACACAAACUCGCCUGGGCUCCUGAAAGAUCUGAUUAUCCUAUGCAAGGAAAACCAACAAACUAUGGUCUUCACAGUAAAAUGAAGGACAAGUGGAUUGCAGAAUUAAAAGCAGAACGGUCCGGGCAUUACACUACAGAUUAUGGUCAAGCAUACCAAGGACAUCCUUCAACCGCUUUCCCUAGAAGAUUUGCUUCUGCACCGAAAUAUCUUUCAAGCCAUUUUAAUCCAAUCAGUAAGCUAAACAAAGAUCUGUGGUUGAGAAGAACUCCAUUCAACAUGGCACCGGAAUAUCCACCAACAGUAACACCACCUUCUUCCUGAAUAGACUAGAUCUGAACUUAAAUUUACCUUCACUUUUUUUUUCUAUUAGGACUGCAAUGUUGAGAUUAUU